GUUGCAGUGAGCCAGGAUCAUUCCACUGCACUCCAGUCUGGGAGACAGAGUAAGACCUUGUCUCAAAAAAAGAAAAGAAAAGAAAACUGAUUUCUGCCCAAAUCUUCAUCCAUAGCCCGUUCCCCAUCUGCCUUUUUCUCUGGAAUUACUGAGCUGCUGGCAAUGGCCCCCUCACCAUUCCUCUUUUGCAGAGAAAUACAUACACUCUUGGAGGCUUCUCUCCCUUUCUCGUUGCUUCCUGUCAUGUGCUCACCCUUUCCCGCCCUCUGCCUCACUUAAUCUGGCUAACCUCACUCUCUAAGUCGCAGCUCAUGCAUGAUCUUUAGGAAAGCCAUCGCUGACAGCUUUUAUUUUCCUUCCUUAUACCCCAGUGCUUAACACAUAGCAGGAACUCAAUAAUUAUUUAGCAAAGUUAAGACUGUUUAUACAAAGAUGAUUCAAAAGAUUGUCCUCUACAACCUAGCAGCAAAGGGGAUCAAUAUGUAAAGACAUGACGUGCAGUUUAGGUGGUAAAGUGACACUGGAAAAAUUGCCAAAGUACUAAGGGAGGCCCAUGAAGCAGACACAUGUGUGUGGAGAAAGACAGCUAGAAUGAAGGAAGACUUCACACAGGAUUCUGAGCCUUUUUUCUUUUUCGUUUUCUGUUGUUGGAGACAAGUUCUUACUCUAUGCCCCAGGGUGGAGUGCAAUGACGUGAUCGAGACUCACUGCAACCUCAAACUCCCGGGCUCAAGGGAUCUUCUCACCUGAACUUCUUGAGUAGCUGGGACUGCAGGCACAUAUCAACAUACCUGUCUAAUUUUUUGUAGAGUCAAGGUUAUCUAUGGUUCCCAGGCUGGCCUUAAAACUCUUGGCCUUGAGCAGUUCUCCCAUUGUGGCCUUCCAAAGUGCUGGGAUUACAGAUGUGAGCUAUUAUGGCCAGCCUACAUUCUGAGUCUUAGAAGAUGAAAAUAAAUUUUUCAGAAUAGCAAGGGAAAACAUUUGUGAUGUAAAAAAUGGGGUGCACACUAAUUAAGGUGUAAACAAUGAUAAUUUUGCAAAUUAUUAAUAACUGCCAACUCAGUGUGUUGUUAAAAAGAUACUGUUAUGAAUUAUAGUAAAGUGUUACAUUGUAUAUUUUGACUGUAUUUCAAAAUUUGUUUUGUUUGCAACAGCUUUGUUUAUUUAUAUUGGGUGGAAAAAUUUGUAAGUGACCCUGAGAUUUUGUAUGGCUUGAACCUGGUGAUACCUAGUGUCUCCCCAAGGGGUUUGUUGAAGUUUUGGAUAAUGAGAAGUAUUUCUUAAAGAAGUAAAUAUUUCAGUCAACAUUAAGCUUCAUUUAAACUCUCAAAAUAUAUAAUACAAAGAAAUUUUAUUCUCUAUUUUUAUAAAGAUUAUAGUCUUUAUCUAACUGUUCUUAGUUCAUUUGAACUAAACCAAUGAAUUUGUCAACAGAACAAGCCUUACUAGUGGCUUCAGAGGAAGAGCAAGAAAGGCGUGAAAGAAGCGAAAAGAAGCAACCACAGGUCAAAGAAGGAAAUAAUACAAACAAAAGUGAAAAAAUACCAGUAUCAGAAAAUCUAUGUGAUCGCACAGCUGCUGCUGACAGAUUACCCCAACAAAGAAAGACUGGGGAAAUGGAUCCUCAGCAGUUUCCCAAGAAGCUGAAGGAAGAGCGUGAUAGAUGCACCUUAAAACAGGAAAAUGAAGAAAAAAUAAAUGUUAAUAUGCUGUACAAAAAAAAUAGAGAAGAAUUAGAAAGGAAAGAGAAACAACAAAAGAAAGAAGUUGAAGCAAAACAACAUGAACCGACUGUUCAGUCACUAGAGAUGAAACCAAAAACUGCAAGAAAUACUCCAAAUCAGGAUUUUCAUACUCAUGAAGAAACGGAAGAUCUGAUGGCUGAAAAUUGCAUUUUGAAGACAGAAAUUGCUAUACUCAGGCAGGAUACAAUGAAAAAUGACAACUUGGAAAAAGAAAAUGAAUAUCUUAAGGACAUUAAAAUUGUUAAAGAAAGAAAUGCUGCCCUUGAAAACAGUAUAAAACUCACUGAGGAAAGAGCAAAAACAGCAUUCCAGGAUCCACAAGAGUUGAAUGAUCUCAAAGCUGAGAAUAAAAGGCUCAAUUCCGAACUGCUGAAGGAAAAAGAAAGCAAGGCAAGACUGGAAGCUGAAAUUGAAUCUUAUCAGUCUGGACUGGCUGCUGUUAUAAGUAAGCAUAGUGAAAGUGUGAAAACAGAAAGAAACCUAAAACUUGCUUUACAGAACACACAAGACAUUUCUGUGCAAGAAAAAAUGAGUUCUGAUAUCUCCGAAGUUGAAGAUAAGAAUGAGUGUCUCACUGAACAACUUUCUCAAAUGCGAAUUAAAUUCAAUACCUUAAAAGAUAAGUUCCGUAAGACAAGAGAUACUCUCAGAACAAAGUCAUUGGCUUUCGAAACUCUACAAAACGACCUAAGCCAAGCCCAGCAGCAAAUAAAGGAAAUGAAAGAGAGGUAUCAAAAUGCAGAAGCUAAAGUGAGUAAUUCCACUGGAGAGUGGAACUGUGUGGAAGAAAGGAGAUGUCAACUCCAGCGUGAAAAUCUGGGGCUUGAACAGCUACUAGAUGAUGUUCAUCAGAAAGAGGAUCAUAAAGAGAUAGUAAUUAAGAUCCAAAGAGGUUCUAUUGAGAGUGGAAAGAAAGACCUCCUGCUCGAAGAGAAAAAUAAGAAGCUAAUGAAUGACUGUGAUCAUUUAAAAGAAAGUCUCUUUCGAUAUGAGAGAGAGAAAGCAGAAAGAGUAGUAAGUAUCAAGGAAGAGAAAUAUUUUCAAACUUCUAGAAAGAAAAUUUAAACAUUUGGUUCUGGAUACAUGUUGAACCUAGUUGAAUAUAAAAAUCAAUAGAUGAAAAGUGUGUUUACCAUAUUGUAUAAUUCCAUUUACGUGAAGCAUCCAAAAAAGAGAAACGUAUAGGGACAUAAAGUAGAUUAAUGUUUGCGAAGGGCUGGGGCUGGAAGCUGGUAAUGACCGCUAAAGGGCGUGAGGGAUCUUGUAGUGAUGGAAAUGCUCUAAAGUUGGAUUGUAGAGAUGGCUGCACAACUUAGUAAAUGUACUAAAACUCGUUUAACUUAAGUUAAAACAGAUAUAGUAUGUAAAUGAUAUUUCAACAAAGCUGUUUUAAUAAGAAAACAAAAAAGGCAAAAUGUGUUUACUCCAUCAGCUUAGAAAUAUACCUUGUUUCUAGGAAAUAAAAGGUAGAGGUGAGAGAUGAUUUACUUUGAGAAAAGACAUUGUGUCACCUGCAAAAUUGUAUUAGGCACAGAGUUAUAUUUUCAGGUAGAUAGUCCUGUACUGGUUAAAUAAUAAUUUUAAUGUCUUUAUGUUGCCACAUGUUAAGACCAUGAUGAAGGUAUAAAUGGAAAUGUUUACACCUGAAAUGAGUCUUUUCAAAUUACAAUUUAAUUAAGUGAUUUUCUUUGACACUUAAUUCUAGAUUUCCCAGAUGAACUGUAGUACAUUGCUGUGUCUUGUCAUACCUUGCUUUAAGUAGCUUUUAAUAUAUUUUAGUUGGUAUAGCUUUGUUAUUAUUCAUAUUAACAAAUCUGAAAAUACAUCAAAUUACAUAUUUUUAUGACCACAAAAUGUUUUAAGGGCACCUACUUGUUAUAAAAUUAUAAUUUAGGAUAUGUGGUAAAUUUUAGCAAAACCGUAUUUGGUUUAGUCUUCCCACUGGUAUUUAGAGUUUACUUUGAAUAUUUUUAUUAAUAAUUAUCUCAUAAUUUUUAUUUCAAAGCUCAAUGACUAUCAUUUGAAUAUAACUUUGUCCAGUACAAAGAUACUAUAGCUGCCUGUGAUUUAUGAGUUAGGCAUUAGAUCCCCAUUUUCAAACGAAAGAGGGGUGGCAGGCUUCACAUACAGUGGGAAUGGAGUAAUUACAGAGGGAGUUGUAGGAGCUUGAAGUCAGAGAGGGAGGUAGAGGCCUGUUUACGUAGGGCCUCAAAGGUCAUUGGAAUUUUACUUUUAUUCUGAGAUAGGAAUCUGUUAGAAGGAUUUGAACAGGUGAUUGAAUAUGUUAGGAACUUUGAGGUUGAGUUGAGCUUCUAAGAUGAUUGAAUGGUGGGAUGAGUCUGUUGCGUAAGUAAGAAUACGAAUUAGGCAGGAAGAUAACACAUUCUGCAUUCCUCACUGAAUUCAGUAAUAAAUAAAAGUGUGUACAUGUGAUGAAAAGAAGGUGAA